AUGAGCCUGUGCCUCUCUCUUCGGGGAUCCCAUUUCGCCACCAUCAUCAGCGUCUACGACCCACCAACGACCAGCUCUGACGAGGGGAUGAACAAAUUCUACGAGGACCUGAACGCCCUCCUGGUGCCUGCGCCGAAGACGGAUAAGUUGUUUGCCCUUGGUGACUUCAACGACCCGCUUCGGCACAGACCAUGCUGCCUGGAGAGGAGUGCUGGGUCACUAUGGUCUUGACGGUUUCAAUGAAAAUGGCCUGUUCCUCCUGCAAACCUGCUCAGUGCACCGCCUAACCCAGACAAACACCUUCUUUCGCCUUCUGACGCUAGAGGAGGCCACCGGUAUGCAUCCUCAGUUGCGACACUGGCAUCUGAUGGACUAUGUCCUCGUCGGGAGGCGAGACCAGCGGAUGUGUUAGUGACAAAGGCAAUCCCGAGCGCCGACUUGUGGAUUGGCCACUGCCUCAACGUCUCUAAGGUACGGAUUCGCCUAUAGUCUCGUAGGAGACCUCAAGGUAAGCAACCUCCAGGUAAGUCGGAUAUUUCUUUGUUGUCGUUGCCUGCUCGCCAUCUCCAUUUCAGCAGUGAACUAGCCCAUAGGUUAGCCAACCUUCAAGUCGCCGCCGCUGCCGCCGAUGAGAACGCCUCCGUGGAGGACCGACGAUGCCAAUUGAGGGACACGAUCCAGACAACCGCGCUGGCUGUCCUCGAUCGCACAUGCCGUCAACAUCAGGACUGUUUCGACGACAAGGGCGCUGCCAUCAGCAACCUACUUGCCGAGAAGAAUCGUCUGCAUAAAACCUACACAAUCGCCCUACCGACGUCAACAAAGCAGCCUUCUACCAUAGUUGCCACCUUGUGCAACAGCAGUUGCUUGAGAUGCAAGACGUCUGGAUGGUUCGCAAGACCGAGGAGGUCCAAGGAUACGCGGACCGUAACGAAUGGACGAACUUUUUCACCGCGAUCAGGACUGUCUGCGGUCUCACAUCCAAAGGAACCGAUCCUCUUCUAAGUGCCGACCGCAGUACCCUACUCACGGAGAAGACACAAAUUCUUCAGCAAUGGACUGAGCACUUCAGGGGCGUCUCAAACCGUCCGUCCAUCAUCUCCGACGCCGCCACUGCCUGUCUGCCUCAAGUGGAGACCAAGGCCGACCUUAACCUCCCGCCCUCACAACGAAACCAUUGGGGCCGAGCAACAACUUUCUAG